UUUGUAAGAGACGAACUAUUAAGAUGUGAAAUCCGUAACUAUAUAAAUUAAUAAAUUCAUAUAUACAAGUAGCUGAGGUCGAUUCCUCCGAAUAUUAGAUUGGAUUACAUUGGUUUGUCCCACUUCCGGUUCAUACGACAACAACGCAGUGCACAUGGGUUGCAGAUAUCGUGUUUGCGGCUCUUCGUGUAUUUUAAAUUAAAGCGUCCCGAGUGGAGUCGUGACAUCAGAAGUUAUGGGUAAGAAGAAGACAGGCGGAGGAGCCGGGCUGGGCCGAGCUCUGAUGAAGGAGAGACUGCAGGCGGGCCGAGGAAACAAGAAGGGCGACUCGUGGCUCCACACCAGUGAGCUGAAUGAUGGCUAUGACUGGGGACGGCUAAACCUGCAGUCAGUGACUGAACAGAGUUCGAUGGAGGACUUUCUGGCCACUGCUGAAUUGGCAGGAACAGAGUUUGUCGCAGAGAAACUCAACAUCAAGUUUGUGCCAGCCGAAGCUAGAGCAGGCUUAAUAACAGCUGAGGAGAGAAGCAGGCUUGCAAAGCUGCAUGAAGAAAACAAGCAUUUCCUCAGAAUCCCUCGACGCCCCCAUUGGGAUGAAAGCACCAGUCCAGAUGCACUUCAGCAAGCAGAGAAAGACAGCUUCUUGGAGUGGAGACGAGAGCUUGCGCAGUUAGAGGAGGAACAGAAGUUAUUUCUUACCCCAUUUGAGAGGAACCUGGAAUUCUGGAGACAACUGUGGAGAGUGAUCGAGAGGAGUGACGUCGUCAUUCAAAUUGUAGAUGCCAGGAAUCCUUUACUGUUCAGAUGUCCUGACCUGGAGUUGUACGUGAAGGAAGUAUCAGAGCAUAAGGUGAAUAUGCUUUUGGUGAAUAAGGCAGACCUGCUGACCAGGGAGCAGAGGCGAGCCUGGGCCAAACACUUCGAGAAAGAGGGGCUGAGGGCAGUUUUCUGGUCUGCCUUGGCUGAAAGCGAUAGACUGGAUGCAGAAGAAAAGGGCAUGGAAGUGGAUGAUCCAGAGUCUGUAGAGAGUGACCCUGAAGACGAAAGACAGCCAGACAAUGAAGACUUGACCCGAAAGGAGGAAGUGAAGGUGGUGGAAGAAGAAGAAGAAGAGGAGGAUGAAGAGUGUGGUUUAGAGGAAGAGCAGCAGAUAACUGUUGAAGAGGAGGACUGGCACACCUGCUCAGAAGAUGAGAGCGAAGAGGAAGGGACUACUGGUUCAUCCAGUGAAUCCUCCUUCCACAACUCUAGUCGUCUGCUUCAUAAAGAUGAGCUUCUGGACAUGUUUAAGUCUGUUCACAAUGGGCCCAGGUGUAAAGAUGGACAACUGACAGUGGGACUGGUUGGGUAUCCUAAUGUGGGAAAGAGCUCCACCAUCAACACUAUUCUAAGGAACAAGAAGGUGUCUGUUUCAGCCACUCCUGGACACACUAAGCACUUUCAGACUCUGUAUGUGGAACCAGGACUGUGUCUCUGUGACUGCCCAGGUCUGGUCAUGCCCUCUUUUGUUUCUACCAAAGCUGAGAUGAUUUGCUCUGGGAUCCUGCCCAUAGACCAGAUGAGAGACCACGUACCUGCAGUCUCCCAUGUAUGUCAGACGGUCCCUCGGCAUGUGUUAGAAGGCACCUACGGUAUCAACAUCAUACGACCACGGGAAGACGAAGACCCUGACAGGCACCCCACCUCUGAGGAGCUGCUGAUGGCUUACGGAUACAUGAGAGGCUUCAUGACAUCUCAUGGCCAGCCUGAUCAGCCCAGAUCAUCUCGGUACAUCCUGAAGGAUUACGUCAGUGGCAAGCUCCUGUACUGCCAUCCUCCUCCACACAUUAACCCUGAAGACUUCCAGCCACAGCACAAGAAGUUCCUAAAUCGAGACUUGGACUGCUGUGACCUCUCUGCAACACCAAACAAACAGAAAAUCAAGAGAAUAGAAAAUGUGGUUGACAAGAACUUCUUCCAUCAGGAGAACGUGCGGGCGCUCACUAAAGGGGUUCAGUCUGUCAUGGGCUACAAACCAGGCAGUGGACCUGUUGGCCCAGGAAAAGUUGGAUCCGAGGUGGUGGUGGGAAAACCCUGGAAAAAACACGGCAACAGAAACAAGAAGGAAAAAGUACGUCGUUUGUGCAAGCAUCUGGACGCCUGAGUAUGAUCUGAAAUCAAAGCGCUUUUAAUUUCAGAUCAGACAGUUCAGCUGGAACAAAACCCCCAAAAGUACAGUUAAUGCAGGAUUCCAAUGGAUUUAGGGAUGAGCAACAUCUGUAGGUAGAUUCAGGUCCCUUAAUCCUGAGUAUGGAACGGUCACGCUGUCUUGAUCAACAAAUGAGGUGCAUAAUCUGUCAUGAGCUGCUUAAAAAAAAAAUCAUAAUGGUGCAAUGCAUUCCUUCUGCUGGAUCACCAGUUGUACACCAGGUCUCUCCACGUGUUUGGAAAUGGACACUUUUAUUGGACAUUGAAAAGGACAUUUUCAAUUUGUAUUUUGAAGCCGUUUAAAAUACACAUUACAAAAUCUUCAUUAACUAGAUACAUUAAUGUAUUUUUCCAUAUACAGUUGUGAGUAAUGUAACUAAGAUGACUUAUGAAAAUAAAUUGAAUGGUUUCAUGUUAA